GUCACUUCCAGCGGACCCGGAAGCGCCGUUGUCGCGCCGCUAGAGUUAGGAAGUCGGAUGGGGCUACGCUUAGCUUAAACGUUCGGCAGAUCGUGCGCCAAGAGCCGUUGCGUGCUGCUGUGGCCCGGGCGAGCAGGGCUCGUGGAGCGGCUUCUGGGAUAGUGCAGGCGAGCCCUGGCAGUGUGCCCCUCUGGUGCCACCGUCGCCCCGCCUCUAGGAUAGGACCCGACCCCGCCCUCCAGCCAGGGGUCCUGGCAGGCGCUUCUGCCAGGCUGCCCCGCCGCCCAGCAUCCGGUAUAGUACAGCUGUGAGGAGUGGAUGUGCUGCUGCGGGGACAACUCUGUCCCCGUCGGUUACAACUCUGUCCCCGUCGGUUACAGCCCCCGCCAGCGGCUUCGUGACCCUCUCCCAGGCUGUCCGAACGCUGACGUGGAGCAACCCAUCCUGAACCCUCAUGGAGAAGUUUGGGAUGAAUUUCGGGGGCGGCCCAAGCAAGAAGGACCUGCUGGAGACCAUUGAAACUCAGAAGAAGCAGCUCCUCCAGUACCAGGCACGUCUCAAGGAUGUAGUCCGCGCCUAUAAAAGCCUACUGAAAGAGAAAGAGGCACUGGAGGCCAGCAUCAAGGUGCUGUCCGUAUCCCACGAGGCGGAUGUGGGCCUCGCAAGUGUCCAGCCUCAAGGCCUCACCUUUCCUGACUCCGUGGAUGACCGAUGCUCCACUCACAGCGAGGAUAGCACUGGGACCGCCACCAGCUUGGAUACUGCGGCCAGUCUCACCAGCACCAAGGGUGAGUUUGGGGUAGAAGAUGACAGACUGGCCCGCGGCCCGCCACCUCCAAAGUUCGAAGAGGCUAGCGGGUCGGAGAGUGGUGUUAGCAGUAGUAGUGGGGAUGGACCGUCUGGGGGUGGGGAGGUGGACAAACGACUGCACCAGCUGAAGACUCAGUUAGCGACUUUGACCAGCUCUUUGGCUACAGUCACCCAGGAGAAGUCCCGUAUGGAAGCUUCUUAUCUGGCGGACAAAAAGAAGAUGAAACAGGACUUAGAGGAUGCCAGUAAAAAGGCAGAGGAGGAGAGGGGUCGUCUGGAGGGAGAGUUGAAGGGGCUUCAGGAGCAAAUAGCAGAAACCAAAGCCCGACUUAUCACACAACAGCACGAUCGGGCCCAAGAGCAGAGUGACCAUGCCUUGAUGCUGCGUGAGCUCCAGAAACUGCUGCAGGAGGAGAGGACUCAGCGUCAGGACUUGGAGCUCCGGUUGGAAGAGACCCGGGAAGCCCUGGCUGGGCGGGCCUAUGCGGCCGGUCAGAUGGAGGGGUUUGAACUGCAGACCAAGCAGCUGACCCAUGAGGUGGAGGAGCUGAAAGGCCAGCUGCAGGCUCUUCGAGAGGAGAAGAAUCGGCCUGACCCCCGGCUGCAGGAGCUCCAGGAAGAGGCUGCCUGCCUUAAGAGCCAUUUCCAGGCUCAGUUGCAACAGGAAAUGAGGAAGACGGCCCUUGCCGAGGAUCAGCUACGCCAGCAAUCACAGGUGGAAGAGCAGAGGGUGGCAGCCCUGGAGAAUCAAAUAUCCGAGGUGUCGGAGCUGCUAGGCACAUAUGAGAAAGCCAAGCAGAAGGACCAGCUGGCCAUCCAGAAGCUGAAGGAGCGCAUCCUGCAGCUGGACCUGGAGAACAAGACGCUGGCGCUAGCGGCCUCCAGCCGAUCCCCUCUGGACAGCCAUGGAGAGGAUUCCAGCCUGGAUGUCAAUGUCCUGAAGGACAAGAUGGAGAAGUUGAAGAGGCUGCUGCAGGUUGCAGCCCGGAAGAGCCAGGUGACCUUGGACGUGGAGAAGCUCUGUGACCUAGAGAUGAUGCCCAGCUCAGAGGCUGCCGACGGGGAAAAGGCCACCGCGCUCUACUACCAGCAGGAGCUGAAACAGCUGAAGGAGGAGUUUGAGAGGUACAAGAUGCGGGCCCAGGUGGUCCUCAAGAGCAAGAACGCCAGAGAUGGCAACCUGGGCAAGGAGCUGGAGGAAGCCCAGGAGCAGCUUGCAGAGCUGAAGGAGAAGUACAUCUCCCUGCGGCUGUCCUGCGAGGAGCUCGAGCGCCAGCACCAGCAGGAGGCCGAGGACUGGAAGCAGGAGCUGGCCCGGCUGCAGCACGCCCACCGGCAGGAGCUGGAGCGGAGCCAGCUGGACUUCAGGGACCGCACGCUGAAGCUGGAGGAGGAGCUGCACAAGCAGCGGGACCGCGCCCUGGCCGUGCUGGCUGAGAAGGACCUGGAGCUGGAGCAGCUGCGUUCCGUGGCCUUGUCCGCCGGGCUGCCGGGACGCCGAAGCCCUGUGGGCGGCGUGGGUCCUGGGGACCCCGGUGACACGUCUUCCCCAGAUAGCCUGACCCAAGCCCUGCAGCUGGCAGCGGCCAAUGAGCCCACUUUCUUCCUGUACGCCGAGCAGUUGGCCCGCAAGGAGGUGGAGAUCACGUCGCUGAGGAAGCAGAAACACAGGCUGGAGGUGGAGGUGCAUCGGCUGCAGGAUCGGCUGCUGGAGCAGGGGGAGCGGCAUCGGGAGGAGGUCGCUGCCCUGCAGAGCCACAUCGAAAAGAACAUGAGGGACCAGAGUCGGGAGGGAGCCAACCUGGAGUACCUCAAGAACAUCAUCUACCGCUUCCUGACCUUGCCAGACACACUGGGCCGCCAGCAGACGCUCACAGCCAUCCUGACUAUCUUGCACUUCAGUCCAGAGGAGAAACAAGUAAUCAUGCGGCUCCCAACCAGUGGUAGUUGGUGGUCUUCUGGCAAAAGAUGAUGCCGUUUGCACUAACUCCUCAGAUUUCUGUGCCUCUUAUGUGAGAAGGGACAGGCUCUGGUUUCUCCUGCCUCUUCUCUUACAUUGUCAUUUCUUCACUGUGUUGAACUGGGAGGACUCCUCAGUGUGGAAUGGGAUUUUCUGCCAAAUGCCAUUAAUGCUAUUUUAUCCUUGGGCCCUACAGAUACUAAAAGUAUUGGGUCAGUGUCUUCUGGUGGUGGUGGUGGUGGUGGUGUGUGUGUGUGAGGGGAGGGUGGAGGGGCUAGGAUGGAGAGGUGUAAGAGCUGGGGAAUUGAGAGUCUUUUAAAAUAAGAUUUUUGUUGUUGUUGGUUUUAAUAUCGUACCCCUAGCGCAGAGCUCAGAGUACAUGUGACCCCAAAGGGAGUCCAGUUAACUUCUAAACACACACAAGGACCAGCUGUUCACUCCAUGCCAUCACAGUCUUAUGUCUGGUCCCCUCUUGCCCCAGUUCUCCGGGGCCAUAAAUCCAGGCUGGAGAGGGACCAAGAAGUUUGAAAUAGUGACAGAUUGUUCCCUAGUCCAGAGGGCCGAGGAGCAGUGAGUUCAUCCUGGAAUUAGGAAGCUUGGUCUAGGUAGGGCUGGGUAUGACCUAAUCACUCUGGACAAAACACACAGCCUGUGACCAUCCUAGAGAGAGCCCCGAGCACCGGUUGGGUCUUAGGGAUUCCCCGGGUGACCUGCAUUUGGCCUGGUAGUGUUAUAAUAGACCUCUCACACUUGUUUCUGCUUGAACUUGUCUGCCCAAGGCUGGCCUGAGAUUGUGAGUGAAUGACUUUGCUCUUUUCCUCAAUGCUGUACUUCAUUAAGAAAAAAAUUCUAGCUUCUUGCAGAGAGGGGUCCGAUCAGGAAACUGGUCCUGCCUAGAUACAAAGAAUUAGCUCCUCCUGCCCUCCUUCAGCUGUUUCUGCCUUUGUAGGGACAGGGAAGAAGAGGAAGAUUUGCUGCAGAGGAUUCCAGAAGGUUGCUGUGACUCUCACGGGAAAGUGGUGGAGGUUCAGCCGAGGCCGGGCUGGAGUACUUGCUGCUUGGUGGAUAGCAUUCUGGCCAAAUCUCCACAUCCCUGCUGCCACGAUGUUGGGGCAUAACUGUCACCAGGGUACUUUGCUCACUCACUUAGGUAAUAGAGUUUCAGUCCACGAGCUUCAUCUGACCCACACGUGUUACUAUUAAAGGAGGGACUCAGAAAAGUUGGGCUUAAGCAGGGUCACCUCCCUAUUCUUUGCUUUUCCCUAUGUGUCCUUGCCGGUUGUAGAGAUCUUUGGACCCUAAAGACCAAAGCUUUGCCACUGACUAAUGUAUCUUUCUGUUAUUUCAUCAUAGCAAUCUUGUAAGGGUUUGGGGUACAAAAGACCUUGAUUAAAUGUUCUGGUUGGGAGCCUGGGUGACCUGGACUAUCUCCAGUAAGCAGACUUAACAGAGCAGAAGUGAUGUAUUUCAAUGAUAAUAACAUAAACCAUGGAAUCAUUAAACCUGACCAACUUGACCUGUGUGCUUCCUUAAUGGCAUUUAGAUCUGGACACAAAUAGAGUGUAAAUGUAAGUGGUAAAUGAAAAGGAUGUGGAUAAACAAAGUGUGAAUGUAAAUGGUAAAUGAAAAGGAUGUGGAAAGGAUAGUAAUAUUUCAUUAUAUCUGUCCAGAAGCUUGAAUCUGGGGAGGAAUACCUCAGUGCUUUAAUUGCCUCAAUUACAGCACAAUUUUUUUAGCCUGGAAUUGUGUGUAUGUGUUUGGGUAUAGGCAGCUAUGCUGGAAAAAGCUUUCUCAUGGGUUUAAGGGGCCGGCUUGAAACUUCCAUAAUUACUGCUUUAAACUUUAGAAGUAAUCUGUUUAUGAGUGCUUUCUUAUACUUCAGGGUUCAUGGUAUCCUGGAAAAGUUUCUCAGAACGUCUUGCUAAACUAAAUGAUCGUUAUCAUCAUCAUCUCUUAAUUUUCUCACCUGAUCCCCUUCAAUGUAGGAUACACUGUGAUUGUUGUUAUUGCUCGGUGGUUCAGGACAGAAUAGAAAGAUCCAUAGUCACACGUGCUUUCCUCGGACGAAUAAUUCCAUGCUUUGACUUUUGAGAAGAUAUUAAAUGAGCAAAGAAGCAAGUCAGUUUCUGAUUAAUACUUUUACGUAUUGAUUUACAGAAGGCGGCGAAUGCUCCCAGCUGAAAGGAAAAGACUUGGUGCCUUCCUACCCAUAAGGACACAAGUUCCUUAUCUCCACAUCCCCUUCCCUCAGAUACAUCUUCCACUUAUUUGACUGGUUUGCCUGUGCUAGAUACUCUAAGAAAGGAAAGGGAGAGAGAGGAAAAAUUUAGAUCGGACAUAGGAAAAUAAAUUUUCCUUGGGCUCUCGUCCCAGAAUAUCAGACAGUGCACGGGAUGUGUUGAUAAGAAAAUGAGACUGAACUGUACUUGUUAAUUACCACGCAAUUCAGGACUGUCAUUGAGAAGAAGAGAUGGAGGGAGAAAAGGACGAGAAGGCAAGUUGAUAACUCUGCAGCUUUCUGCUUUUUUCUUUUUUUGUCUGUCCUAUUGGGUACCUCUGAUCUGGGGCAUAAACAUCUGUAUAAUCACGCCCUUGAUGUUUUAAGUCCCCAUCUGUUACCCAGAGCUCUGAGGCUCUCAGCUUUGUCUUGUGAAGCUGCUGUCCCAGGGUUGUUUUUGUCUUUGUAACUUGUCAAGGGUGCCAGCACCUUGUUGAGCCAUUUACACCCAUUAUAUCAUUUACUCCUCGCAUGUGUUAUUAUCCCCCAUUUCACAGAUGAGAAAUCAAAGCCUGAGAGGUUAGGUUUGCCCAAGAUCAUGUAACAAGUAGAUGUCUGAACCAAGUCUGAUUAACCCCAAAGCCAGCUUAGUUUGGAUAUGUGCCUGUCUUUAGGACGUGGGAGGGUCAGGGCCUGUCUCCAUAGCUGACAGCUAGGGUUGGAGAGACUGAUCUCUUGGCUGAGCUGGGCUGCUUCAAAUGGAGAAAAAGUCUCCAACUGUAAGUUGCAGCCAAAGUUGCUACAUUAUAGAGCUGAACAGGCAACACUGGUUUUUCAUAAGAGCCCUGGAGCUCCCUGCUCUGUCCCCCAGGUUCCAGAUGACUGUUAAUUUUGAAACUGGUAUCAUUCUAACAAAACGAGAGGUGGGUAUCAGCUAUUACUAUAGGGUGUUCCAACCAUAAUUUCCAGUAAAGCUGGGGAAACAGCUUUGGAAAUUGGAAGUAGAAUCCUAAAGAAUGGGUUACUUUGCCCAAUCUUCACCCUCCUUGACUCUCCUCUCCAGUCUCUUCCCCUGCUUCUCCCAGGCAGCCUAUUUACCUCCGAUUGAUGGUUUUGGGAGCAAGGAACUAGAUUGACAUUCUGAGUUGGAAUCUCAGUCCAAUGCCCUGCCAGCUCUGUAACCUUGAUAAAUGGCUUAAUCUCUCUGAACUAAAUUUUCUUAUCAUGGGAAUAAUGAUACCUGUUCUAGGGUUAUGUUCUCAGAUUAAAAAGAAAUUAAGUACAUAAAGAACCACUACAGUAUUUGAAAUAAAGUAGGUACUAAAACACACUAAUUUUUUUUUCCCCCAAGAAUUGACAGAAUUGGCAGACUGAGUUCUUCUGGAUUUAAGUCCAGUGUUUCUUAGCCACAACUGUUGCUGUAAACAAAAGGAAAAAUAACCACUGUCUUUUAUCAGGUGCCUGCUAGGAAGCUGGAGGCUAGCAUUUUCCCUACAUUAUUUUACUUAAUCCUUACAACCGUCUUGUGAAGAAAAUCUGUUUUGCAAAUGAGGAAAUGGAGGCUUUACAGGAUGAAUUGCCCAAGGCCCAGAGUCAGUGAAGGCAGGACUGGGAUUCAAACACAUUAAUCUGAACCAAGUGGCCCAGCUCUCUGCUGUCUGUGCCGUCUCCCAGCAGAGGGCAGCGUGGAAUCCUGACAGCGUGGGGCUCCAGGAAUUCAGGGGCUGUGUUUCUGGCUUGGGAUGGGGUUGGAGGGGUCCUUGUGCAGGUGGUCAUCUCUUCAGUGGCAACCAACUGCCCUGUAAGUUCUCCAAAGCCUCAUUCUUUUGUAACAGCAGAGCUCUUUCACAUGGAAAAUUGUGAAACGGACUUUCAGUUUUAUGUGAGUUUGAGUAGUGCCAGCCUGUGUUUCCUGGGGCCCAGAUCUCCUGAAUAACCUAAAUAGCAAAGGUUCUGACAAACCUACAGGGCAGGGAGCCCACAAGAGUGAAGGCCGCUUGGAGGCCAGUGACCCUCAUGAGUAGGAAACCCUGUUCCUUGACUUCAGCAAGGAGACCAUCUCUGGUUCACUGUAAAUUCAUCUAUCCCUGUAGGCUACCUCCGAGGGACCAAACAUUCUCUUUCAUAUCUGAGAGAAUGAGUCUGAACACUGACACCACUUUAUAUGAAUAUGUUUUUAAAUGCAGAUUACAUGCAAAUUUUUUAUGAGGCGAGGCUGUGCUGCCCAUACAGCCAAAUUAUUUUGGGGGUUAGUGUUCAGAGCAGAGUCUGUUAUCUUUCUCUUAGUUCAAUGGCUGUCAGGUUUUAAAAACGAAGCCUCCGCCUGGGGAAUUUCAUCCCCCUUUGGGUGGGCAUCCAUGUCGAGCAUCAUGUAUUGUCCACUGGAAUGUCUGCCAAAAUUGGAGCCUUAGCCAGCUGAGGGGAGAUUUGGAGGAGUCUGGAGGCCAAGUCUGUUUGUGUUGGUUUUGAACACCUACAUUGGAUCACCUGGUCAGUUUUUAUUUCCCAAACCUAGGAUCCUUAGGCACACGGUUUCCUCCACCUUCAAAGUCCCUCCUCUCCCCACCCACCCCAAUGCAGCCCUCUGCAGUAUGGUCCUGUCCUUUCAAACUCAGCUGCAACAUCACUCCCUCUAGGCUGAUUUUUCUGACACCCAGGGAUGCUCAGGUACUUCCCGGAGGUACUUCAGCACUUCAUUCCUACAAUCUUGGCACAGUCGUUUCUUGUACUUUCAUUUUAAUAUUUACUUCUCUGUUUCCUUGACAACUCUCUAAACUCCUCAAGGUCAUGUCCCAGGCCCCACUCAUCUUUGUGCUCUGAGGACUUGUCAUAACUUGACACAUACUAAGUGCUCAAUAAAUAGCUGAAAGAAUGAACAUGAGACAGAAGAUACCAAUCUUGCACGCUCAGAGCGAAAGAUUUAGUGUUUCCCGGUGUUGCUUUCCCCUACUGUGCUGUUUUCCCACUAGUUUUCUCUUUGGCCAUUUCAGUGGAUGCGCUGUUUCUCUAGGUCUCUGGGAAUAUGACUAGAGUUGACUCUAGGUAAAAUAGCUUCUUUCGGUUGUUAGAGGAGUUCGGGAGCUAGGCCUGGUACCAUCAGGGAAUCCUCUCCAGAGCUAUGAGGAAGAUCACUGAGAAAAGGAGGAUACAGGAUGUGGCAGGUGCUCAAAGGCUCAGGCGCCAAGGCAAACCGUGGGCCUCAGGUCUUGCUGCAGCUGAGCACCCCUGCAGGGAGCUUCUGGCCAUGUGCCCCUAUAUUUAAGGGACCCCUGUACUUGAGGGGUUUGUAGAAUAGGCACCUCCAUUACCUUAUUUCUCAAGGAGACUCUGAGGAAGUCUUCAGGACUGAGGCCAAGGGACGGUGGGAAUCGCAGGCAGCCGUUCUCUUGAUGUCCGAGUCUUCCCUCUCCUCUCCUGCUGCUGUUCCUGGGUCUCUUAAAGAGAUGCAAGAAGGGAAAAGGAAGAGAUCCAGGAGGGUGGUGCUGUUGAUGCAGCCAACUAAGGAUAACUUACCCAGGAACCCCCACCCAUGGGUGCUGGUGUUUAUGAACCUAAAUUUUAACCUACUUGCAGGGGCAGCCUGGAACAUUGAGGUUAUAUCACUAUUUGCUCAAUUCAGCAAACAUAUAAUGAACUUCUACUUUAUCCCAGGCACUGUGCUGAGCACUGGAAAUAUACUGUAUCAAUGCUUAGCACAGGAUAUAGGCUCAAAGAUUAAUGACUGUAACUCAGUGUGACAAGUGCUAUAAUGGAGGCGUAGAAGGGAAAGACAGGACAUUGAACUCAGUCUGCAAGGAAUCAGGGAACUAACGUGAAAGUGACACUUACAUGGAGCUUUGCAAGACUAGGACUGACUGGCAUUAGCCACAUGGACGGGCAGUGGUGGUGAGAAUGGGCGUGGGGACAUGUAGCAGAUACAGCAGAUUAGCUCAUUCAGCACUCUUUCUGUCUUCCUUUUGAUUCAGUCUUCCCGAACUGCAGAGACAAGAAAGCUAAAAACAAUGUUUGUCAGUUUCUUUUGCAACUAGGAUUCCAGAGGGACUUGAGGCUCUCCCUGAGAUUGGAAUUAGGAGGUGAGUCUAGUGGGUGGCAUGCACAGCUUCUGUUUUUCUGCCACGGCUCUAACAGACACACGUGGCUCUAGAGCCAGCAGGUUCUGUGUCCUCCUGUCCCCAGAUCCUGGCAAAGGGGGUGUGACUCCUAGGUUCCAACCUGAGCAACCAGGAGUGGGAUGGUGCCCAGCUCAGAGAAGAAAGGAGAUGACUUCAGGGUGAAGGGUAUUACGUUCAGGGCACACUUGGGUAGAGAUGUCUAAAAAGUUAGAGAACUCAAACUUUUUUUUUAACAGGAGAAAAUCAAAGUUUAAUAACAUGUAUACACAGGAAAGACCCAGGAAAACAGAAUAACUCCUCAAACAUUUCUUUUUUUAAUGUACUAUUUCUUUGGUGAAUUUACACGUGAGGUCAUUUACAAAAGACAAGAUGCAGACAGAUGCAGCUUUCAGUGCAUUUUCAAAUAUUUCUGAGAACGGGCAAUAAAUAGUCCAUGAGGAUUCGGAGGAUAGUAUUGAAUGGCACGUGCUUUGGUUUAUGUUGUGGUUUUUCUUCCCAACCCCAAAGGGCAGGAAGGGAAAAAAGUAGAGGAAAAUAUCACUGUUAAGGUAAUGAUGCAGGUAAAAACUUUUUAAAGUCAGAGGUUAUUCAGAGACAUAGAACAUUUCUGUAUUCAGCAGUUAUCGUAGUAGGGGUAUAAUUUAAGAACUAAAAUGCAGAGCUCUCAAGCUUUCCAAUAUCCAAAUCAUCUUAAACUUACGUUAGCUGCUCCCACUAAUUAAUUGGAGGUCCCCUCAACUGUCAUAGAGUUUGGGAACUCAAGAGUCCAGCGUGGAGUAGAGAGAAAGAUUUGGGUGUCUGUGGUGUGACACAGGCAUCGUGCGCAUACGAUUACUCAGGGGGAUGUGUAGAGUUUAAAGUGAAGUGGGCUGACAGUGGGGCUUACCCACUUUAAGAAGACCUUUUUGGAAAUAAUUUCAUAUUUGCUGGAAAGUUUCCAGAACAAUACAAAGGACAAUCAUAUAUUCUUUACCUAGACUCAUUUGUUGUUCCCAUUGUGUUCUAUUUGCUUUAUCCUUUGCUCUCUCUCUCUAUACACACACACAUAUAUAUAUUUUUUGGGUCAUUUGACAAUAAACUGCAUACAUCCUGGCCCUUUGCUCUUUACCAGUGACUGUUUCCUAAGAGCAAGGAUAUUGUCUUAUGUAACUACAAUGUAGUUAUCAUCUUCAGUUAAUUUAAAGUCUGUACAAUUCUAUAAUCUAAUCCACCAUCUGCAUUCCAAUUUGUUGGUUAACCCAGUAAUAUCCUUUAUAGGAUUUCCCUUCUAAUAGAGGAUCCUGUCCAGGAUCACAUACUGCAUUUAGUGGUCACGUCUCUUUUGUCUCCUUUAAUUUGGAAUAGUUCCUCACCUUUUCAUUGUCUGUUAUGACAGUGACAUUUUAAGAGAAUACAGCCUUCCCCCACUUUUUAAAAUAGAAGGUUCCUCAUUUUGAGUUUGGCUGACACUUUUUCAUGAUUAAAUUCAGAUUAUGCAUUCCCUGCCAGAAUGUUGUGUCUGUGAUGCUGUGAUUGUCAACUGAAAGAAAAACAUAUAACAUAA